AUGCAGUGCUACCGGUGGCCAGGUCAUGAGAUAAGGCUUCUUGGAGAGCUGCAGAGACAACAAAACAAUGCCCAGUACUGUGAUACCUUGUUGCAAACUGAGGGUAUCUCAGUCCCAGCCCACAGUUGCAUCCUUGCAGCCCUUAGCCCCUAUUUGUCUCAGAAGUUGUCGGCCUCUUUGUCUCCACGAUCAGGCCAAAAGCGGCAACUUCAGCUCCAGGCAGUGAAGGCUCAGACCCUGCUGAAGCUCGUUGGUCUUCUGUACUCUGGGGAGCUGGUGGUAAAAGGAAGCAUAGAGCAGCAUGAAGUGCUAUCUGCAGCCUGCCUGUUUGGGAUCACAUACCUUGUUGAAAGACAGGAAGAUCGGGCAGGGAAGGAGAAAGAACCCCAGAAAAGGAGUUUUGGGAAUUGCAGAGACAAUGAGGAAGCAGGCAGAGAGAAGAAUGAAAGCAGAAAAAUGCAGGAUGCACAAGUUCAGGCUGAAAUGGCUGGAAGGAGAGAGACAGAUUCCCCAGAUGUGAAGAAAAAGUUUGUAUCCAUAGGCACACAGACUGUUAAAACUGGUGAGAAGAUAAUGGACAAUUAUUUUACUCACUCUGGUCAAACCAAACACACAACACCAGAGCCUGCAUCAUCUGUUGCUCAAAAAUUAGAUUUUUCCAUUUCAUUGCAGUGCCAAAACUUCUUGCUGGAUAAACCAACCAACCAUUGCCCAUCUAUUUCCAGUAUGCUCAGUGGAGCAUGCAGUGAUGGAGUGUCUACAUUAGGCCAAACCUUUGACAGUGUAACAACUCCCACAACUCCAGCUUUGUCCAGCAACGUGAUGACCUUCCCCAUUUCCUUUAAUAAUGACUCAGACUCUCCAACAACUCAGGAAGACAGCAACUACCAGCAGUCAUCAGAGUUUGGGGACAGUAUACAGGUGUCAGCUGAGGAAGGGACGGGAUUGGAAAAUAGAAAAACAGCUGAGAAUAGUGAAAAUACAGAGUGGCCAAGCCACAGCAACAGAAUGGAGAUGCUAGGACAGGAAAGGGGAAACUUUACAAAGAAGAGGUAUGAACAUGAAGGGAUAAAGAGCCUGGUUAAGAUGAAACAGAUGCAGCAGAUGAUGGAGACGGCACAGUUUUCUGUCAAGGUGAAGCUGAGGAGGAGGACCAAAGGAGAAGUGUGGGAGGUGGUGAGCAUGCAAGACACAGAUGAGACAUUUUCAGGUCUUACCUCUUUGAAACAGGAUGGCGCCAACCACAAAAGGCCACAGAAGGACCUUACAAACAGAGAGCCCCUUCCCUCCUCUGUCCGGCCAGGCCUAGUUCAUGAACCAGAGGCCGCAAUUCUUCAGCCUGCUACCACCAACUCCCCUAACCAACCACCUCACACCAAUACCACCUUUGACGCCCAGCUUCUCUCUGAUGACCGCUUCACUCCAAACCAAAACAACAGUCCUGAGUCAGUCCCACUUCCCCAGCCUCCAGGCCCUGUUGAGGAGUGUGAUGAGCAGAUAGAGAAGCUAUUGGAGGAUAUCAUGAUGGGCCUGAACAUCCUGCCAAACUUUGAGAGGGACUGCAAGAAGUCUUAUUAUCUGCAACCAAACCAUGAUGAAGCAGCAGCCGUUUACCAGGCCCCAGCAGUGGAGAAUGAGUGGCUGCAGAGUGGGAUGCACACUGCUGUCAGUACAGCAGGGUGUAUCUAUGACCAGGAUGUUGGGACACAAACUGGUCACUCAUCAACUGAUACAGGUAUCUAUUGUUUCACAGCUCAGAACCAGCCCAGCUGCUCAGGCCCUUCACCUGUACAGGCCGAUGCUAUGUUAAUCCAGCAGCGGCGCUCUCCUCACUCAUCUGUCAUGUGGAAAAUGGAUGGACAGAGUCACCAGGGCAUACCACUGUCUAAAAGCCAAAAUUGUCCGUAUCCUGAAGCACCUGCAAGAACACCAGUCAUGGCUCUCCACUCCAGUGGGAAGAAACUACUGACUUAUCAUCCAGCAUGCCAGGAACCGUCUCCACAAGACAAUCAGAACAUCCCAGAGUUUCUACCCCUGAUGAAUGAAAAUGAGCCAUUACCUUGCAUGGAUGAUUUGCGGCUUCCUCAAUGCCUUUCUCCAUUAGAGCUGUCUACCUCAGCAGUAAAACAUCAGUCUGUUUGCAACAACUCAACAAACCAAAGUAAUAAAAGUCUGCCACAGGCAUCUCUACAUGGGCGACCCUGGCUCACAGUAAACCCUGGACCACUACAAUUUCCUCUCAGUGCCAUCACUCACAGAGCAAAUGAAAGUAUGUCUUCACCACGGGGUACAAACCCCAGCUGUUGGUCAGGGAAAUCACAGAGACAUCUAUUAAAUUUACAAAGUGGGGGAAGUUGUGAAGCAUUUUGUGCUGUGAAAGAGGUGGAAGAGAGAGGAGCAAUACCUGCUCGUCUUGAAAAUAUAGCAGACCUGAAAAGUUAUCCCAGGAAGAUGAAAAAAAGUUUAAAAUGUAAACAAGGUAACACUGAAGGUGAUGAUGCAGUGCCUAAAAAGAGGAAGAGAGGUCAUCCACAAGAGGCCAGUUCUCUUUUUGCAUACAAACAUGUGAAAGCCAGUGAUGGUACGAAAGGUCAAAUCAACCUGAGUGUUUGUUCAGUCAGCUUGUCCAGCAACAAUGUGCUGGUGAAGGAAAGAGAAAUGGCUACCAGUUCUUCAAACAUGCUAAAUAAAUUUGUAGAGAAACCAAAUGAGCCAUCAAACACAGAAGGUUGGAGUGAGAAAACUAAGAGACCUGGGGAUCCCAAUAGUGACCAGACACGGACCAGGACCUUUCUUAAAAAAACUCAAGAGACGCCAAGUAAGUCGAGCAUAGAAGAUUUCAUUUUAAAACCCAUGGAAUGUAGAUCUCAAAUUGUGAUUAAACAAGGAGUCGCCAGUCAGGGACAUGGAAUGUCAUGGAAAACAAUGCUUGAUGAAAGCUUGCUCGAGAGCGCUGCUGCCAAAAGUGAAGUGAAGGCAAUUCCACUGAAAAAGACCAGAAGUGCUGAGAGUGUGGUCGAGGCUGAGGGAGACAAUAACAAUGUAAUCCCAGUAAUCCCAGUGGAAAGAAAACUUCGGACACCCAAACGGCCACGGAUAGUCACUCUGAAGGAGUUUCAAAAGAUUAUCAGACGCCAACACUCAAAAACAAGGGAGUCAAAAGAAAGCCAGAACCGGGAAACAAAAGAUAUUGUAAGAGAUGUCAAAAGUGAAGGAAAGGCAUGUGGUAGCACAUUUGAAGAAUUAACUAAUAAGACAGAAAUGGACACAGACAUUGCUCAGCCUCACAAUAGCAACAGUAUUGAAGACUCCCAUGUCUUCCUCAGUGUCACAGUUGAUAAAAAUCCUAAUCGGAUUUUCAAAAAAUCAACAGCUGAGUAUGGCAAAUUGCAGCAAGAUGACACAAACAACUCUACUAGUAAUGAGACCAGUCUUUUUGCUAAUCAAUCCUUUAUGGUCUUUGGAGAAGAGGGGGACAGGUUUGCAGCUGAGAGGAAACAUCCACUGGAGAAUCUGGAAGAAGCAGGGGAAACCUGGGGUGCACGAGUGACAGAUACAACACAGCAGACUGCUAGCCACGGUGAUGGCUCGGCUCACAUUAACACUCUCCUGCAUCGAGAAGACAAAAUGCCCUGGGACCACAACUUGAACCACAAGUCCCCUGAGAGAACUGGUUCACGUCUGCCAGACCCUGUUGCUUUGAGCCAGAGCUCAGACUGUAAUCGAGAAGAAGAGGACGAGGGGGAAUUAGAGGUGGAUGUUCUGCUUUACUCUCCAGAAAAAGUGCCUCAGACCGGAGUGUAUGAGAAUGGACUCAACAGCAUCAUAAUAACUCCUGAGGAAGAAGAGGAGGAAGAUGUCAACGAGAUUGAUGUGACAGGACAUGGGGCAGAGUAA